UUCGUCCCAGCAGACCCAGUACAUAAUAAUGAGAGCAAGCUACUGAUAAGCUGCACUGUUCGUUUGGGAAGGAAACCAGCAAGGGGGGAAACAGCGAAGAUGCGCUCGCUGCUUGAGGCGGUGGACGCGUCGACAGUAGCACAAGGUGCCUUUUCUGGCCCGCCUUCGGUAGUCGUUGGGCUGCUGUGCGCAGCGGUGAUUCUGUCUGCAGUGCUGUUCCAGUGCUUCGGGGGCUCAAAAAAGACAGACGAGGAAAAGGGUCAACCAGCACCGGUGAAUGGACAACGCCUGCCAGUCGCGCAACCCAACGGUACAGGUCCCCCAGUGACUGUCACCAAACGGGACCCCAGCAGCACGCAAGUUGGCGGGGGUGCAGACACAGCGGCAUACUCUUCAACGACUACGGAUGGUCCCAUGCCAUCAGCUAGGCCAGGCCAGCCCGCAAAUCCUGUAUCGCUGGGAACCCAUCAGCAGCCUGCAUCCGCGCAGCCGGCAAACGAGGGCACUGCGAAGGCUGCUCCAGGGCCAUCAUAUGAGUCGGAUGAUGAAGAUGGGCAGCGGGGAACAGUGCAGGAGCGCUUAGGAGAGGUCACUCGGUCGGUAAAGGGACACGCAAACGCGGCGGGGGCUGGUGCACUGGAUGAUGCCGCACAGCAUCAGGUAGAGGGGGCGGCCCAGCGGCUCCCCGAGGAGCGAGGUGGAGAGCCACAAGUGCAGGCUAGCACGGUGCCCCCUGACCAAGACACAGCUGCUGCAUUGACUCCUAUGCCAGCGGCCGCGCCAGCGGCCGCGACGGCUAGCGAAGCCGUGUCAGCAGCCGCGUCAGCUGCUGCCGCGGCCGCACAUGCACCUACAACGCUGCCGCCACCAGCAGCGGACGGGGUACCGGCUGCAGGACCGGGCAAUGCCACGGCGGCUGCCGCGGCAUCUGGCACGCCGCAGGCGAAGCCAAGCGGCCAGACACCAACGGAGGGUGCGCCAGCCGGCGGGGCGGCGGCGCCUCCUGCGGAGGGCGCAGCCGCAGCCCCUGCCGGGGCGGAAGGCAAACCGGGCAUGCCCGUCCUUACGGGCGAGCCCAUUGAAGUUGACCUAGACAUCGACCUCACAAAGGGUGAUUUGAAGGUGGACUACAGCACGCGCGGGCUGCUCGGACAAGGCGGCUUCGCGGCCGUCUACAAGGGUCGCUACAAGGGCCAGCGCGUCGCGGUGAAGAUGAUUAAGAAGACGGCGGGCUCCAGUCUGGCUGACCUGCAGGAGGACAUGAACGCGCUCAUGCACGAGUUGCAUAUCCUGCGACAGGUCCAGCAUCCCAAUGUGGUGACAUUGUACGGCGGCUGCCUCAAGCCGCCGCACAUCUUCCUGGUAGAGGAGCGUAUGGAGGGGACUCUGGACUUUUACGUGCAUCAGGUCCGUAAGAACGACGCGCUGAGCGUGCGCGAGGUGGUGUACUUCGCGCUGGACAUUGCGUGCGGCCUGUCGUACCUGCACCCCCGGAUUGUGCACCGCGACCUCAAGCCCGCCAACGUGCUGCUGAGCCGCGAGGGGCGGUGCAAGAUCUCGGACUUUGGCCUAGCCAGGACCAAGAUCAAGGAGUACUUGAGCACCAAGAACCUAGACGCGGGCACCACUGCCUACAUUGCGCCCGAGUGCUUUAUGUCCAUGGACAACCCUGACAUGCACGACCUGCGCCGCUCCGUCACGGACCGCACCGACAUCUACGCGCUCGGCGUGAUCCUUUGGGAGAUGUGCGCGGGCAAGCGGCCAUGGCAGGGGCUGAAGCCGCUGCUGGUGGCAUACCAGGUCGCGUAUCGUAGCCUGCGGCCGCCUGUGUUUGAGCUGGGCCCGCGCUGCCCUGCCAAGCUGCGGCAGCUGAUCGAGGACUGCUGGUGCCAGGAGCCCAAGCGGCGGCCCAGUAGCCAGCAGGUGGUGGACCGCCUGCUGGACAUCCUCAACGACCUGCCGCCGGAGCAGGAUUAUGUGUACCCUUCGCAGGCAGGCGCUGCAGGGCCCGCGGCUCCGGCACCACAGCAGCAGCCUGCACCCGCACCAGCAGCUGUGCAGGUCGCGCAGCAGGUGGUCUCACCACAAGACGUGGUGUUGCGCCAGUAAACCAUUGAGGACGCGCUAUCUUGGAACUACAGCCGUGGGGCUACAUACAAAGGGGCCAAUACAUAAUUGCGUGGGCCUCGCACCGUGAAGGGUGGUGAGAGUCGGCGAUCAUCAGCACGGGCUUUCCGCGGCCGGUCUCAAGCGGCUCGCCUCAAGUGCGGAUACGGUAACUAUCAACGUACCAUCACUGAUAAGCAAUCAAGACAUGCAAGGAGUCUUCGCAUUUUGGCACUCGAUGUGCAUUGCAGUGCAUUGGGCGCGUGGGGACAAAGGUCAUCGUAUGUAGGGUACCUUAUAGAGAUCUCGGGGAAAUGUGGGGAAUUGGGUUAUGUUGGUUGACAAGACGGGCAUGCAAACGCACGUGGAGUGAUUUGAUGCGCAGCUUGUAUUGGAAUGAAUUAUGCACAUGCACUUUCCCUGCGGUUGUGCAGCGGGUCACGACGUGCGCGCUGGGAGUGGGAACGGCCAGCACACGGGGUCGCACAACCGGGUCCGCUUCUCGUGGACGAGCUAGCUGGGUACGUCCUCAGGUCCGACUGAUGUGGGGCUGGGUGCCUGAGGCAGGACCGUGCUAUGGACUAGGAGGCCAUUGUUGCGCUGUGGGAUUAUGUCCCGGCAUUUCGUUGACGUGUGCGAGCGUGCGUGCGUGUGCGACGCCACAGAAGGUGCGCAGUUGAGCGCUUAGCGUAUUAGCUACAGGGCGGCGUGCUUACAGCCUAUGUUCGUGCUAAAAUGCGGUUGACAGAAAAGUGCCAAAUUUCCGGGUGGACAGGCGCAGAGUCGGGAGAUGCGGACGGCAAGGCGCUACUUGUGAAGAUAUCUGCAAGGCAUAAGGCAUGGUCGGACGGAAACGUAUCGGGACAGCUGCGAACGGCUGCGACGGAGCAACAGCGCUGGGGAUUCAGUCCCUCUGGGGGGGCUGGCCCAGGACAUGCAGCAUUGCGCCGAGUUGCUGGAAGCGUUUGGAAGCAUCAUGGGGACACAGGCUCGAAUGCAAGGCAGGAGCGGUGAAAAGGCACACAAUGUGACCGAAUGCGAGGUUACAAGCAUGGACGCUCUCCUGCUUUCAACAAGGAGGUGGC